AUGUUUGUCAGUUUCUUAUCUAUCCAUCCAUCUAUCUAUCCAGUUCAUUAUCUAUCUAAUCCAGUUCAUUAUCUAUCUAUCUAUCUAUCUAUCCAGUUCAUUAUCUAUCUAAUCCAGUUCAUUAUCUAUCUAUCUAUCUAUCUAUCUAUCUAUCUAUCUAUCUAUCUAUCUAUCCAUCCAGUUCAUUAUCUAUCUAUCUCUAUCUAUCUAUCUAUCCAUCCAUCCAUCCAUUCAUUAUCCAUCUAUCUCUAUCUAUCCAUCCAGUUCAUUAUCUAUCUAUCUAUCUAUCUAUCUAUCUAUCUAUCUAUCCAGUUCAUUAUCUAUCUAUCUAUCUAUCUAUCUAAUCCAGUUCAUUAUCUAUCUAUCUAUCUAUCUAUGUGCCUAUUUUUCUAUUUCUCUAUCUAUCUACCCAUUUGUUUCUACAUCUUAAUACAUAUUUAUCUCCCCUCCCCUUCUCUCUCCUCACCCCACUCUUUCAUGCUUACAAAGAUUCUCUCUCUCUCUCUCUCUCUCUCUCUCUCUCUCUCUCAACGCGCACGCUUAUCUCUUUUUCCUAAGAUUUCAAUUGUCCCGUCAUUCUCGUCUCCUCCCCGUCAUUCGCCCGGGAAUUUCUUCGAACUCAUGUAG